AUGAGUGUUACAUACGAAUCUCCUACACGAUACUUGAGCGAUACUGAAUCCAAUAACAACAACCUCAUGUAUUCCAUCAGCAGCAAUGAAAAUGAUGGCUCACCAUGCACAUCACCUUACAAUGCAGCCCAUCCACCAAAAAUGGAACAGCAGCAGCAACAGCACCAACUACCUUCAGCAAGUCAUUUGAAUCAAGAAUUUUUCAACGUGCUGCAGAAACGUCAAAACAACUUUCAAUCAUCCACGGGUCCACAGCCACAAACAUAUCGACACCAACAUUUGGAGGAUUUAGCACCUAUUGAUAGCGAAAAGAUGAACGAAUUGAUGACGAAAUAUGAUUGCCAUCAAGUCCUCGUAAUAGAUGUUAGAUCGUUUGCAUUCUACGCAAAGAACAGAAUCAAGUCGGCCAUCCACAUCUCUAUCCCAUCUGUAUUACUAAAGAGAUCCACAUAUACAUUAGCCAAAGUGUGCGACUCGAUCGUAUUUGAAGAGGCGGCCAAUAGAUUAAAAAACUGGCAUAAUGCAACGCAUAUCAUUUUUUAUGACCAUGCGUCAUAUAUACCGAGCGAUUCUGGCAACUCAGCGACUGCCAUCCUAUUAGGGUCUAAAUUGCGCAAAUCAGGAUACAGUGGCCAACUAAACUAUUUGCAAGGUGGAUACAAUACUUUCAGUAACACAUAUCCUCACCAAUGCGAACUAGUUCAGUUAGACUCAAUCAAUCGACCCAAAAGACACCAAACUGAACCAAUCAGUCUCUUGCCUACAUCCAACAAGACGCCUGCGAUAAAUCCUUUCUUUAGUAACAUCCGUCAAAAUCUCGAGCUAUCGCAUGGACCACUGAAAGAAAGAUUUCACGUUCGAUUACCCUAUGGCUCCAAAUACGACGAGGGCAUCAUCUCGACCAAUUCGCAUUAUACUGCCAUUAGUAACCAUCAUCCAAGAUUUGGCUUGGCGGGCAGUUCAGUCGACGCACAAGGCAAUUUUGUCUUGCCCAUGUGGUUAAAGACGAUUAUGAAGAAUGAUACGGGUCCAAAGAAGUUGGCCGAAAAAUACGAGCAAUUGGAGAGACUGGAGCAAGCUCGACUAUCUACUGUCAUGAAGUAUCAUUCCAGCGGAUUAGGUUCUACUGCAGCGACAGAGCAAAAUCAAUCAAACACAGAGUUCCCCUUCAGUAUCACUUCCAGCAUAGAAAAAGGCGCAUUGAAUCGAUACGACAACAUUUGGCCUUAUGAAUACUCUCGUGUGAAGCUCGAAGAGAGCAGCGACAACUAUAUCAAUGCCAAUUACAUUCAGUUUGCCAAUGUCAAGAAGAAUAUCACACUAAGCCCCAUCUCCAAAUCUGACGAAGAAGUAAAGCUUGAAGAAAGAGGCCUCUUGAGCGAGGCAUCUGUCCGUACCAUGAACCGAUUGAACGUGGACCUUACCAGCAACCGCCAAUACAUCUGUACUCAAGGUCCUUUACCUACCACAUUUAAUGACUUUUGGCAAAUGAUUUGGAACGAAAACUCGUCUGUUAUUGUCAUGCUAACACAGGAAACCGAAAUGAAUAAGAUCAAGUGCCACACAUACUGGCCAACCAUGGAGAACGUCUCGCAGGCAUAUGGCUCAAUCGUUGUAAAGCUCAUAUCUGAAACCAAGCAAGCUGUCCGUAACAUGAACGACAAACGCGAGAGAGUCAACGACGAUAUGAAUCAAGACGAAUGCAUUGUUACUCGCAAAUUCAUUUUGUCAAACGACAGCACUGAACGCAGCUUGACUCAACUGCAAUACACUGGGUGGACUGAUUUCGGUGUUCCUGACCAUCCCAUUGGCAUCCUGACUCUAGUACAUCAUGCUGACGUUGCUCAAUCUAAAAAGAAUGAAGGUCCCAUUGUAGUUCAUUGCUCGGCUGGUUGCGGUAGAUCAGGUACAUUCUGUGUCAUUGAUACCAUGAUCCAACGUUUGUGGCAGAAGCGUGAUGUCUAUACGUGUGCUACCAAUGACAAGAUCUACGAAACCGUAUGCCGUUUUAGAGAGCAACGCAUGAGCAUGGUACAAACACAUCGUCAGUAUGUCUUUUGCUAUGAAGCUAUCCUGUGGUGGCUGCUUGGUUACGGUAAUCUGCCAGCGCAGCCUUCGGAUGUCUCUCCCUCUGCGGGCCCUACUCAAGACAUGAUACGCCAAAUGAUUGCUACGCCUGUUUCUAUUAGCUCUCGUUUGUCUGCUUCACCUCCAUCACCUCCUCCCACUGCUACCCUUUUACCACCUGCGUCGUUGUUCUCGGCUCCAGUAGAAAACAAUAAGAGUGACGGAGAGGCUUCGUCUGUCGGUAGUAUGGUGAAUGAUUUUAAAGAUUUGUAA